GUUGGCAGCUGCUCGUAGUGAACAGCUUUCGCCAGUGCGCCAGUGUUUGGUAGGUUCGAGUGGAAGGACAUCGUUCAAAAAGGCGUCAUGUGGUGGAAAAAGUUAGGUGUUGCUGUCCUGCUGGUGGUGGCCAGCAGUCAGUUCGUGCAGUCGCAGCAAGCGAAGGUUCUCUGCUAUUAUGAUGCGGCUAACUUCCUGAUCGAAGGGUUGGGAAAAGUACCUCUUGCCGACAUCGACACCGCUCUCCCGUUCUGCACCCAUCUGGUGUACGGUUACGCUGCGAUCGACGUGGAAACAAACAAAGCGGUCAGCCGUCAGCCAAAUCUGGACCUGGACACGGGCAAGGGCAAUUAUCGCGCGGUGACACAGCUGAAGACCAAGUACCCAUCGCUGAAGGUGUUACUCGGACUCGGUGGAUACAAGUUUUCGGAGCCAUCUAUCAAGUACUUAACCCUGCUGGAGUCUGGUGCGGCCCGGAUCACCUUCAUCAACUCGGUGUACUCGCUGCUGAAGACGUACGGCUUCGAUGGAGUCGAUCUCGCUUGGCAGUUCCCGCUCAACAAACCGAAGAAGGUCCGUGGUAAGUUUGGCAGUGCGUGGCACGGCUUCAAGAAGGUCUUCUCGGGCGACAGCGUGCUGGACGAGAAGGCGGACGAGCACCGCGAAGAGUUUACGGCCUUGUUGCGCGAGCUGAAGAACGCCUUCCGCGCCGACGGGUAUCAGUUGGGCAUCACGGUCUUGCCACACGUCAACUCGUCGAUCUUCAUCGAUAUACCGGCGGUGAUCAAUUAUCUUGAAUUUGUGAACAUUGCUGCGUACGAUCAGCAGACGCCCACCCGUAAUCCGAAGGAGGCCGACUUCACUGCCCCUCUGUACGAGCUGACCGACCGCGUUUUUGGCAACAACGUUGAUGGAUUGGUGCGCCAUUGGCUCAAUUAUAACGCGCCUGCCUCGAAGCUAAUCGUUUCGAUCCCAACGUUCGGCCAUGGCUGGAAGAUGACGGAAGAUUCUGGAAUCACGGGAGUACCUCCGCUAGUGGCCGACGGUCCAUCCAGCCCCGGCAAGCAGCUACAAAGCGAGGGUUUCUACAGCUGGUCGGAGGUGUGCGCGAUGCUGCCGAAUCCGGGGAAUACCGCCCUGAAAGGAGCGGACGCUCCGCUGCGUAAGGUUGGCGAUCCGACGAAACGGUUCGGUUCGUACGCCUUCCGGCUGCCGGAUAAGGAUGGGGAGCACGGCAUGUGGGUUUCGUACGAAGAUCCGGAUACGGCGGCCAACAAAGCGGGCUACGUAAAGACCAAGGGUCUCGGAGGUAUCGCCAUCAACGAUCUGGCGUACGACGAUGUUCGAGGCAGUUGCGCAGGCGAAAAGUUCCCCAUUCUACGUGCGGCCAAGUACCGGCUAUAGAGGGUUAAUGGCGCGAAACUAGACGAUUGGAGCGUGUGUGGCAUUUGUUAAUGUAUUUUGAAUAAAACGUAAAACGUU